AUACAGGAAGAGAAACUUACACAAUGGCCGCAUACACAAAGACAAAAAUGUUCUACAUUUCAAUCGGGUUUUGGCUCAUUUUAGGUGUUGAAUGCUACAGCGGUUGGUCAAAAUAUAUAUUAACUGUUCAGACUGGAGGAUCUGUCACCAUCCCAUGUCAUUAUGACAAGAAAUACACACAGCAGAAGAAAUACUGGUUCUCAGAGAUUGAUAAAUCUAAUACAUACACAAACACAACAGAGGAGAAUCUGUCAGUAAUUGAUCAUCCUGAUCAGAGUCUCUUUACUGUGACUAUGAGAAACCUGCACAACAAUCAGAAUGGAGAUUAUUAUUGUGUUUUGGAGACUGGAGAACAAUCACCGAUAAAUACAAUAUACAAGCUUUAUCUCAAGAUUCAGUCUGUUCCUGAUGUGUCUGUGGUGAACAGCAGUGUAUCUGGACGUGAAGGUGGUGAUAUCAGUGUUCAGUGUCUCUACAGUUCUGAAUAUCAGAAUGAAGUCAAACAGUGGUGCAGAUAUAAAGAUCAGAGCUGUUACACAGUGGGGAGGACUGACACAUCCCAGAAUCCAUCAGUCCAGAUCAGUGAUGAUGAUGGGGGAAGAUCCUUCACUGUGCUGAUGACUGGACUGAGACUGACUGAUUCUGGCUGGUACUUCUGCUCUGCUGGAGAGGCACUGAAUCCUGUUCAUCUCACUGUAACUGAGGCAGAAUCAGACAAAGAGAAAAACACAAGUAAAUCAGGACAUCACAAGAAUAAUAAUAAUACAACUGAAGUCACUGGCAAUCCACAAAAAAAUUAUGACCUGAAUGUGUGGCUUCCAGUUUCAGCUGCGCUUCUGCUGUUGUUUUUUCUGUUCGUUGUUUUCAUCUGGAGAUGGAGACGGAGACCCAAGCAAGAUGAACAGCAAAUCAGAGAGAGAAAUGGCAGCAGAACCAUUGACACAUUUUGUGUGUUAAAUGCAGAUCUACUCUAAACCUGAAGAUCCUGUGAUAUACAGCACUAUAAAUGAUGAAAACCCAAAUAAGCCUCCAGCAGGUGGAACAAUAUACAGCACUGUGGCUCCACACCAACAGCAACAGUGAGAAGAACACAGGAACAGAUCCUUCUGACCAAGAGAAACAAAAUCAGCAGCAGAGAAAUGUUAUCACACCCACAUGUGAGGGUCAAAACUUGAAAGGCAACGAUUAGUUCUGUGAAACAAAGCAAAACUCAUUAUAAUCAGUGAUGCUGUCUACACUGGAUGCGGCACAGCUCGACACGACAAAUCCCCGACAGUAAACUGCUGCCGCGUUCUAUUUAUGACGUAUUGACACAAAUUUCAAAUGAUUUUCAACGUUGCUUUGUCGCGUCCAGUGUAGACAGACUUUAGCUGUUGCGGCACGGCGUCCGGUGUAGACACCGUGUAAGCCUUCUUUUGUUCUUUCUGUCGUCGCUUGGCUCAACUAAUGUCCAUCAUGUGCAUUGAGCGCUCUCUCCUCUGCAUCAUGAGCAGACAGGCCCCUUACUGCUGACUGGCUACAAGUUUGUUUUGGUACUCGGCCCGACUCCAUUUUCUAAUGCGUUUUUGAAAAAAUACAUAUCCCACCUUUAAGUGUCUCUGUUUCAUUUCUUCACUGUAUAAAUGGAAUAUAUAAUUCUGCUUGUGUCUGGAUUUAUGUAAAAAAAAAAAAAAAAAGCUGAAAUUUAAUAAACAUAUUUUGCAGUUGUGAAAAAAAAAAUAAAAAAAUCCAUUGACUUUG